AGAAAUAUCUAGAUAUUUUUUUUUUUGGCUUAUCAUAAGAAGCCAGGGCUUGGCCUUGCUGUUUCACUCAUCAUCAUCAUCAUCAUCAUCAUCAUCACAGAGAGAGAGAGAGAGAGAGAGAGAGAGAGAUGGGAAUGACGGUGGGAAUGGUGUUUUUAUUGUGGUCAAUGAAUGUAUUUAUAAAAGCAGUGGGUUUGGGAAACAGUUCAUGUAGUGGAGCAGCAGCAGUUUGUGGGAAAGUUACAAUUCCAUACCCUUUUGGAAUUGAACCUGGUUGCUUCAUUGACGAUUCGUUUGCGAUAGAUUGCAACAACACUCUUGGCUCUCCCAAGCCUUUCUUGAGAAGAUUAGAUCUGGAGGUGCUGGACAUUUCAUUAGAGGGCACACUUCGCGUCAACUAUCCUAUGUCAUGGUGGUGUCCUAAGAGUGGGACUAAGAAUGCGACUAAGAGCGCAGCAAAUGUGAACUUAGCAUCAAGUCCCUUUUUUUUCUCAAAAUCGAGAAACAUAUUCAUUGCCAUGGGUUGUGGCAACAUGGCUCUUUUUAAAUCCAGUGAUGGCACAAUUGGUGGGUGCAUGUCCGUUUGUAAGAAAGACACCAUACAGACAGAUAACAGCAGCUGCAAUGGCAUCGACUGUUGCAAAACCACAAUCCCUUUAGAUCUCAAUGUGUUUACCGCAGGUGUAUCGGGAAAGUUCGGAAAUUUUACAAGUGCCAAAGAUUGCAAUUAUGGCUCCAUGGUAGAUCAGAAGUGGUUCGAGGAAAAUUUAACAAACCACUUUGAAGUCCGAAAAAUGUCUCAAGUUCCUGUGGUAUUAAAUUGGGAAAUAAAUGAAUCCUUAUCUUCUCUUGUAAAGGAAACUAAUUCAUCUCACUCAACCUGUCAGUUUGCAAAUGGUUCUUCGUUAUUGGGUAAUAUGAGUACGACUUUUAAAUGUACUUGCGACUCCGGCUUUGAAGGAAAUCCCUAUCUUGUUGAUGGAUGUCAAGAUAUUGACGAAUGCACAAAUCUCGAAUUAUGCAAUUUUUACGAUCUUCGAUAUCACUGUGUAAAUGUUCCUGGGCGAUACUAUUGUGAUCCAGUUUUAGAUCACAAGUCUCGCAACAAAAUUAUCAUAAUAGGUAUUAGCACAGGCAUUGGGCUAUUAUUUUUGUUUAUUGGUGGAUGGUGGUCAUACAAAGUGGUAAAAAAAAGGAAGAAUAUUAAGCGCAAGGAGAAGUUCUUCAAACGAAAUGGUGGUUUAUUAUUACAAAAACAAUUGUCUUCAAGUGAAGUGACUGUUGAGAAAACCACCAAAUUGUUUAAUUCAAAGGAUUUGGAAAAGGCCACUGACAAUUUUAAUGUGAAUAGAAUUCUUGGUCAAGGAGGACAAGGCACUGUUUAUAAAGGUAUGUUAAUAGAUGGGAAAAUUGUUGCAGUUAAAAAGUCAAAGGUAAUUGAUGAAGGAAAACUUGAAGAAUUCAUUAAUGAAGUUGUCAUUCUUUCACAAAUUAACCAUAGGAAUGUGGUUAAACUACUUGGUUGUUGUUUGGAGACAGAAGUUCCUCUGCUAGUUUAUGAAUUCAUUCCUAAUGGAACUCUAUCCCAAUAUCUCUAUGAACAAAAUGAGGAGUUUCUAGUAACAUGGAAUAUCCGCUUACGAAUUGCUACAGAAGUUGCAGGAGCUCUUUUCUACUUACACUUAGCAGCUUCUACACCCAUUUACCAUCGAGACAUUAAGACUACAAACAUUCUCUUAGAUGAUAAGUAUAGAGCAAAAGUAGCAGAUUUUGGGACUUCAAGAUCCAUUGCUGUUGAUCAAACUCACCUAACCACUGUAGUACAUGGCACUUUUGGAUAUUUGGACCCUGAGUAUUUACAAUCAAGUCAAUUUACAGAAAAGAGUGACGUUUAUAGUUUUGGUGUUGUCCUUGUUGAGCUCUUAACUGGAGAAAAAGCGAUUUCUUCUACAAGGACAAAAGAAUGCAGAAGUUUAGCCACGUAUUUCAUUCAUUCAAUGGAGGAGAACAAAUUGUUUGAUAUUAUCGAUGCUCAAGUUAUGAAGGAUGCUAUACAAGAAGAAAUCAUAGUAGUUGCAAACCUUGCAAAAAUGUGCUUGAAUAUAAACGGGAAGAAACGACCUACAAUGAAAGAAGUUGCAAUGCAAUUGGAGGCAGUCCAAACAUUGCAAAAAACUCCUAACGUUCAACAAAACCAUGAAGAGUUUGAAUAUCCCAGAACUGAAAUGUACAAGCAAUGGGAUGUCAUUUCUACAUCAACAAUGUCAGGUGUGGACAGUGGUGUAGGCUCAUCUCCAGGCUCCCGCCCACUGUUAUCUUUUUGAUUAGGCUGAAAUAAAAGCUUUUGUUGCAAUAUUUAUUUGUUUCAUCUUGUGAUGCUAUAUCUUUAGCUUUUUUUUGGGGGGGGGGGGGUAUUUUAAAACUCAUUUCAUGGAAUUAGUUCUUAAGGUGGAUUAACCUUACGCUCCUGUGGUUGUACAAUAUAGCAAAAGUCUACAUUUUGGUAUUAUAAGAAUCCCUUAGUAUUAUACGGAUCA